AUGUCGAACGCCCAGAUAUAUUCUGCACAGCCGCCUGCAGAAGUUGGAAAUAGUGCCUCUGAGAUCUCUGAUACUGCCUUGGCUGAGUAUACAUCGACAGGCUCUGCUUCCUACCUGAUCCAUGACUUUUCGACCGCCACAAAGAAUGACAAUCCAGGUACAUCAAACUUACCAACGUCGAGUGUUACUAUAAACCCAGCCCAUCCUGGGGUCAACAGUCGCCCGGUUAUCUUUCGCAUUGUCAAUGAUACACAGAACACCAGACGAGGACUAACAAGGCGAGACCUGGGUGGAUUUGUUGGUUCUACUCAGGAAGUCUGCGCUGGGGCGUCAGUUUUCAAUCCCUCAAAUGGACGCCUUUUGCAAGGCACAGCACCCGUGUUUUAUGCUGGCGAAAGCUUCAAAGAGCUACGUGGCCAAGCUGAGUCACUCCCGCAAAAUGCCAUUACUACCACAUUUGCUGAAGUCGGCGGUUCUCUUCGAUUUCGCAACAGCGCUUUACCCAACGGCGAGGCAAACUUUUGUCAGACGCCUAAGAAUGACCAAACAUACAUUACGUUUACAUCAUCGUCUCCAGGUUGUAUAGCGGUCAGAUGGUCCAUCCCGAGGACUGUGACGAGGUGUCAUCUGCGAGCACAACUCGACCAACGAUGCCUCCCAAUCACUACCGGAUGUAGCGACAUCAUCGGUAGACUUUGCGCAAACCCGAUCCAACUCGUCUUCAGACUUCACUCAACAACUACCUACCGGCGUGACUCAGCAUCCAAAGGUCACAUCGAGAAUAAACUUCCCAACUCUGAACCCUUCUUCCGAUGGGUUUAUCAACAAAAGAACAAAAGCCCCCCGUUGUCCCCUCCCUCCCUGUCGAACUGUCCUCUACCGAUUUCUUUCCUUCUUUGCCAGUUACUUCCGAAACAGCCCAACAGUCUAUCAACCCAUCCACGACAAUGGAUUUCUUUUCCUAUUGUCAGCCAGUCUUCUCUGUCACAAGUGACGUCUGAAGAAACGUCGUCCGGAUCCAGUGUGUCUGAAGUUAGAACGUCACUUGAGACUAGCCUUGAAACGAGUAUCAUUAUUUCGGAAUCUACUACUAUUAUUGGGUCGGAGGUCUCUAGUACCACAGUCCCAGACUCUACCAGCAGCUUUAACGUCGAGUCCACGUCGUUUGGUGCAUCUGCGGAAUCUUCAACUGUUGAAACCACCAUCACAACAUCUGCUCCCACUCGUGCAUGUUCGGAUUAUUUCAUCCUCGAACCAACAACCCUCUUUGAUGACUCUGCCACAGCGGAUGAAAACGAAGAGUUACCAUCCGACUCCAUCUCAUCUGUGGCAGUCUGUCCGUACUGGGAUGACUUGCGAAUUAAACCAAACGCCGGACAUGAUACCACGUACCAGAUUAUCGACAGUCCUGAUCUCCGUGCCGUUUCGGUAGAAUGGUGUGGUUUGGACUCCAAUGAUGUCCUUGCUUGCUUUGUGGUUCGAUUCUAA